AUGCAACCUAACUACCCGCCGCGUGGAUUUGGCGGUCACGCCCCUUCUCAGCAGCAGCAGGCGCCUCGUAGUGGUGGUGGAUAUGUGCCGCUAAACGCCGGUUACAACAACAUGCAGUACAACCAGCAGAACCAGCCCUUGUCGCAGCCGUCAGGCAGCUUUCCUGGCCGUGGAAUACCGAACGUCCAACAGCCUCCUGCUCCCCAUUCUGGCUUUGGAGGUCGUCCGGGAUUUUCAGGGCAAGUGCCAACUUUAGGUUCGCAAAGCUCCUUACAACCUCCUCCUCAGCAAACGGUCUUCUCAGGUCCGCCGUCCCAUGGAAGCAGAGGAAUGCCACAAAUUAAUCGCGGACCGCCAAGCGCGAUGUCCGGAGGCAUGGCGCAUCCUAUACAGAGCCCACUCGCACCGAGAUCAUCCCAAAAUGCACCGUCUGCAGCCGCGCCAGGAUCUUUUCAGUCGAUGCCCCCGGGUGUUACGGGACCAAGGCCACAGCUACAGCAGGGAUCUACCCCUGGUCUAGGAAUGCAUUAUAACGGAGCGCCACCUCUGCCUGGUGGGCAUCUCGGUCCUUCCCCUCCGCAAUAUAAUGGCCAAAUGCAGGGACCACCACCUCCUCAAGCAGGAGCUGCGCCAUAUCUUCAGCCAAAUCGAAAUGCUGGACCGUACUCUGCACCUGGUGUUGCUGCUUCACCUUACAAUGCACAUGGGGCUUCAGGGCUUUACAAUCAACCUCAACAGGGAGGAUUUCAUCAGCAACAGCAGCAUCAGGCUUCUCAAGCUCCAAAGCAGCGAAUCGACCCGACCCAGAUCCCGCGGCCCAUCGUCUUGACGGAACGGGAGCAGUACAUAGCGCGGGGUCAUACUGUGACGAUGCCACCUGCUGCUUCAAGUGAUUACGUGUGUAUUGACGAGGGUUGUUGUAAUCCCCGCUUCAUUCGACCAACUCUCAACCACGUUCCGGUGACACAAGACUUGUUGAAACAAUGUGGCUUGCCACUCGCCGCAGUGAUUUGCCCACUGGCUGACCUCCAAGAAGACGAAUUGCCGAUCCCGCUUGUCGAUUUUGGCCCAAGUGGUCCAUUGCGAUGCACGCGGUGUGCUGCGUAUGUUAAUUCGUUUACCAAUUUUAUUCAAGGCGGACGCAAGUUUGUUUGCAAUAUUUGUCAGCUCAACAACGAAACACCGCGCGAUUAUUACUGCAGUGUAGACCAGUAUGGCAAGCGUCGAGAUGUUCAAGAACGACCGGAGCUGUCUCGAGGCUCGGUGGAAUACGUUGUGCCACCUGUCUAUACCAUUCGUCCGCCACAAGAACCUAUUUUAGUCUUUGUUCUGGACGUGUCGCUGUUUGCAAUUCAGACGGGUCUCGUGGAUAGUGCCUUACAGUCGAUUCAGUAUCUGCUUCCCUCUGUGGCUCAAAAUAGGCGAAAAAAGGUUGGCAUCGUGACUUUUGACACGACUGUGCACUAUUAUCGUAUGAACAAUGGUGCUUCUUCUUCGAUCUCUAUGAUAAUUUGUCCUGACAUUGAUGAUCCCGUUGCGCCAUUGCCUCCUGCUAGUUGGCUUGUUUCUAUGGACGACCCGGCUGCUUCUGACAAGAUCAAGGAACUGUCUGAAAUUAUCACGCGUUCUUUUGAGAAUACUGCAAAAAACCAGUCGGUUUCAGGUGCUGCGCUCUGGAGUGUAGCCGAUGCUUUGUCGAUUGCUGGUGGGCGAGUCGUACUGCUUCACGCUGGUGCUCCUCGGGUGGGUGUUGGCAAGGUGAAACGCGAAGAAGUUAGCGGUGCUUAUGGAACCACCAAAGAGGUUGAGCUUUACACACCAGAGGACAAUAAUGUAUACGAGAGCUUGGCCCAACAAUUUGCCGAGCGUCACAUUUCCUUGGAUGUGUUCUCAGUUGCUAACACUUUUGCGUCUCUAGCUGACGUUGGCCGCGUAUGUGAGCUCACUGGUGGUCGGGUGCAAUACAUGCCUCAAUUUGAAAAGGAACAGUCAAGCAAUCGCCAUCACCUUACUAGUAUGCUGCAGCGACUAGUCGAUCGUGAUUGCGGAUAUGAGGCGGUGCUUAAAGUGCGCUGUAGCGCUGGCUUGCGUGUUGAGCACUCGUAUGGAAACUUCUACAACACGCGCGGAGGUAUGAAAGAUGAGAUGGAGUUCGCUGUGAUUGACCAGGACCGUUCUAUAUGCGUGACAUUUGCGUACGAUGAGCCUCUUGCGGCGGAUACGGAUGUAUACAUUCAAGCGGCUUUACUUUACACUCGCGGUGACGGCUUGCGCUGCGUACGUGUGCACAACUUGGCACUGCAAGCAGACCCAUUGCUGUCAAAUGUAUUCCGCUUUGCCGAUUUGGAUGCUACAUGCUCGGUGUGGCAGCGCUGGGCAGCACGACAAUUCGUCGAUAAGCAACUUAUGCGUGCGACGCCAAUGGCGGUCAAAGAAUCGCUAGUCGAUCAAUGCGUAACCGCACUUUUCAACUACCGCAAAUUCUGUGCUUCUUCGUCCUCUUCAGGACAACUCAUCCUGCCCGAAUCCUUGAAGUUGCUGCCUUUAUACACUUUGGCAACGCUCAAGAGUCGUGCUUUGCGUGCAAAUCUAAUGGGUAAUCCCCCACGGGGAUUUAUUGACGUGCGUGCUGAUGAGCGCGUCAUGAUGAUGGGGCUACUUAAUAGUUUGCCGGUCGAGUUUUGCGUUUCAGCCGUUUACCCAAAGCUCUACAGUGUUCACGAUCUGGCAGAUGACUGCUGUACAUUAGACGAAGAUGGCAAGUUUCUUCUUCCUCUUCAGCUUCCGCCAACUGCUGAGAAGUUGACCGAAGAAGGCAUAUUUUUGUUACACUCAGCAAUGUGCUGCUAUAUUUACAUUGGCCCCAAGGCCUCCCCAGAGUUACUGCUUGAGCUCUUUGGCGUCGAUAACGCAGAUACGGCCGAACAAACUCUGAGCUUGUUUGAACCACUCGAGAAUGAGCCUUCCGAUGAUGAAGGAAUGAGCGCUCGUGAGCGAUUGCGGUCGCUUGUUGAAUAUCUAAACUCGACGAUCCCGAUUUCUCAGCCCUUGGAGAUUUUAAGCAAAAAUGACUGGCGGGCUAAUCGUUUUAUGAGCGCGCUGGUAGAGGAUCGUACUCAAAACGACGUUUCGUACGUCGAGUUUUUGGUCCAGGUGCAUAAGAAUAUUCAACACAAAUUUCGCUAG